CAUGGAAAUGAGUCAGAGCUGUGUUUGUAGUCAGGCAGCUGAAGCACACUGAGGCAGGCAGAUGCAAACGUGUGGCGUACAUAAGUAGAUAUCAAUGGAAUAGUGACAAUGGACUGUUCUUUGGGUUUGCUUUUUACCUUGGUGCUGUUAGGCUUCCAACAAGGUUGGGCUAAGCCUGUGAUCAAGCCAGGUUUCUCCAGUUUAGUUGUAAUCAAAGGGGACAAAAUUGAACUUCAGUGCCAGGAUAACUCCAGUGUGCAGUGGUUUUUGGAAAGGUCUGGACGGACAAAUUUGAAAAGAAAUAUCAAGAUUGAGGGUGGCUCCAGUAAAAUUGUUAUUGCUAAAGUAGAACCCAGAAACAUGGGAAGAUACGUUUGCGUCAAUAAUAACUCUUCCCUUGAGAGCUCCAUCUAUGUGUUUGUAAAAGAUCCUGAAAAACUUUUUUCUCCUUCAAUUAUUACGGAGCUUUCAGUAAAGGAAGGAGAGGAUCCAGUCAUUAGGUGUCUUGUGACGGACCCGGAGGUCACAGACUUCAAACUGGAGAGAUGCGGGGAUGAGCCACUUCCCAAGGAUCUGAAAUCUAUUGUCAGUGUUGAAAAGGGUAUUACCAUUAAAAAUGUGCAGAAGAGUUUUGAGGGAUGCUAUAUUUGUUCUGCCAAACAUAAUGGAGGGAAGAUAUGGAAGUCGAAAUCAUACAAUUUACAAGUUUAUCCAGCUCAAGUACAGCCUCCAAAUAUUACUCUUGAUGAAGUUAAAGUUAUUCUAAAGGAAGGGGAGGUGUUUGAAGUUAAAUGCAAAGCCCGUAAUGUGGAUCACGAGAUGGAGAUGAAGUGGAAUUAUUCAAAAAAUGCGGCUCCUACACAAAAAGAUAAGUCUCAUUCCAAACUGAACUUCUUUGAAAUGGAAUCAACGCUGCACAUUGACUCUGUAAAUAUCACUGAUUCUGGGAAUUAUACUUGUGAAGCAAAAAAUCACUUGGGAUCCUCGUCGGCUACAGUGUUACUGAAUGUUUUAGAGACAGGAUUCAUAAACAUGUCCAUUCCUGGGGACAGAACUGUCGAAGUUAACACUGGAGAAAACCUUAUUUUGCCAGUAGAAUUUACAGCAUACCCACGGCCUGACAAACUGUACUGGAUGUACAUGAAUGUAACUUUACAGAAUGACUCUAUCACUUCAGAAGAAAACGGCUACAGGUACAGCAGCAAACUGAACCUUGUGCGUUUGACAGGAACAGAAGGAGGGAAUUACACAUUUUUUGCAUCUAGUUCAGAUACCUCCUCCAGUAAAACAUUUACAGUUCAUGUCAAAAGUAAGCCAGAGAUCAUUUCUCAAGACGGACCAAUUAAUGGCACAGUCGGGUGUAUCGCUGCUGGCUACCCAGUUCCUGAAGUGUCCUGGUACUAUUGUCUGGGGCCUCAUAAACGCUGUUUUGGCCAACCCAAUGCUACUAAGGAGGAGGGCGUCAGCAUCAACCUAUCAAGCCCAGCCUUUGGCAGAAGACAAAUUGAAAGCAGAAUGAAUGUUUCCAAGCUGCACACAAAUAUUACAUUGGAAUGCCUGGCUCAGAACGAUGUUGGCCAGGGUUAUUACAUAUUUAGAAUAGAAAUAGAAGAGAGGACAGUGGCCCAUGAACUCUUCACUCCUUUGCUGAUCGGGUUUGUAGCAACAGCAGCCGUGCUGUGUGGUGUUCUUGCAAUCCUCAUCUACAAGUAUAGUCAGAAACCAAAGUAUCAGAUUCAGUGGAAAGUCAUUGAGGGAAUGAAUGGAAAUAAUUACGUCUAUAUUGAUCCAUCCCAACUGCCAUAUAACCAUAAAUGGGAAUUCCCCAGGGAUAAACUACGCUUUGGUAAAACGCUUGGUUCUGGUGCUUUUGGAAAGGUUGUGGAGGCAACUGCUUAUGGGAUGUCAAAAGCUGACAGUGUGAUGACCGUUGCUGUCAAAAUGCUGAAACCAAGUGCCCAUUCCACUGAGAAGGAGGCUCUGAUGUCAGAACUCAAGGUCUUGAGCUACCUUGGACAUCACAUGAACAUUGUCAACCUACUAGGAGCCUGCACUGUGGGAGGCCCAACACUGGUAAUCACUGAGUACUGCUGUUUCGGGGACCUUCUGAACUUUCUGAGGAAGAAGAGAGACUUGUUCAUUUGCUCCAGUUUUGUAGAAUCACAUUACAAGAAUAUUUUAUCUGAAGCAAAAAGUGAUGACAGUAAAAGUGGCUACAUGACAAUGAGACCUUUCAUACCAGGUGUCAGCCCAUUGAAGUCCACAUUAGAGAAUAGGAGAUCAUUAAGGAAAGGAUCAUACAGUGAUAAAGACAAUGAAAUGUUACAAGAUGAUACAAUGGCCCUGGACACAGAAGUUCUUUUGAGUUUUUCUUAUCAAGUUGCUAAAGGGAUGAGCUUCCUUGCUUCCAAAAAUUGCAUUCACAGGGACCUGGCCGCAAGAAACAUUCUUAUUACACCAGGACGAGUGGCUAAAAUUUGUGACUUUGGUCUGGCUAGAGACAUUAAAAAUGAUUCCAACUACGUUGUCAAAGGCAAUGCACGGCUUCCUGUAAAGUGGAUGGCUCCAGAAAGCAUUUUUGAGUGUGUGUACACAUUUGAAAGCGAUGUCUGGUCUUAUGGCAUACUACUGUGGGAAUUAUUCUCUUUAGGCAGCAGCCCUUACCCUGGAAUACCAGUAGACUCCAAGUUCUACAAGAUGAUCAAGGAAGGCUACAGGAUGGUUGGACCUGAAUUUGCACCCGAUGAAAUGUGUGAUAUAAUGAAGGCGUGCUGGGAUGCUGAUCCAUUGGAAAGACCCUCAUUCGGACAAAUCGUAGAGAAGGUUGAAUGGCAGCUAUCAGACAGCACGAAGCAUAUCUAUUUAAACUUUUCGAACAAGUUUUCCAACAGAGAGGAACUGGCUGCCCACUCCUUGCGACUCAGUUCUGUUGGCAGCAGCACUGCAUCCACGCAGCCACUUAUCCUGGGUGAUGAUGUAUUUUUUGACGAAGAACAGAGACACGAGAGUGUUUGAUCUUACAAAGCCUUUUGGUCAGUGCAUAGUAAACCUGCACAGAGAAACGAGUGCCUAAGAAAACUCUAAUGGGCAUUAGAGUUUUCCGCCUCCCCAAAAACAUUGCAGACCAAAAGGCCUUGUGAACUAGUGACAAUAUAGACAGAAAGUCACAAUUAUGAGGAAACAUUUAUUAACAAAACAAUUGUGCUUUUUCAGUUCUGCAAACAAAAACUUGGCAAAUGUGCAUAACUGGUAACAAAUUACAAACUACUUACUGUAUAUAAAGCAUUGUUGACAAUGGUCUGCAAAUUAAUUCAGUUUCAAGUGGAAGUUAUAUUGUUAUUAAAGUUAAAUUAAAAUAAAAUGAAAUGUUAUUGGGAUAAAUACCACAAAAUAGAUAUUCUGUUUUUAUACAUUUCAAUUUAAAAUGCAAAUAUGAAAUGUUUGUUAGUUGUAUUUUAUUAUAUAUUAUUUUAUUAUUUUGGUACAUUAUGUAAGUGCUGGAAGCAGGCAGUCCAGACCCAUUACUGUGGGUUAGAGGUAAAAAAAAACAAAAAAAACAAGAGAAACAAAUGCUUAAGUUAUACGCUGUGUAAUGUAUCAUGUUAAUGCAAACUGUAUUAUGGUGUAUACAUUUCAAUAUGUUCUUAAUUUUGGAGAUAUUUUGAUGUUUGCAAGUUGAAAGACUGAUAAACCAUUUUAGCCAAAUUAUUCUAUUUCUUAAGCCUAAAAUCACGGUUUACUUGGUACAGUACUGUAUGUAGCAGACUUGCUUAUGUCAGCAGUGUGACAAGAGAAAGAUAACAUAUUUUAAUUCUCAAAAAAUGUAAGAUGUCCAUGUAAAAAGAAACAUGUUGGGAAUCUUUUUUUUUUUUUUUUUACUGUUUGGUAUUCUGUAUCUGGGGUUGGAAAAUGCAGACUUUUUAUUGUUUGGUGGCAUUGGCAUGGUAAGGGGGGGGGGGGGGAUGGAAGGGCAUUAUGUUUUGCAUUGUAUAUUUAUUCUUUUUAAUAUUAAGCUUGAUUGCACUCAAAGAUGUAUUUUUUUAUGUUGUGAUUUUUUAAUAUUUUUUUAUGGAUGUGCAGUAAAUAGUAUUUAAUGAUUCAUAUGGUAUAUUUUGUCUUGGAGACAUCAAUAUCAUUAAAUUAAACGUCAACUGUAAGAUUAUGUGCACACAGUAGCAGUAAAUAAGGAUCAUAAUAUGGUGCAAAACUGGAUUUGCAUUACAUUUCAAAGGUCCAGUCAUACUACAGAUUGUCUUUGAGCAUCGUUGAUAGUGAUUGUGAUGUCAUCAAUAGAUGUACUGUGGCCUGGCCAAGCUUGACAUGAAUGUUGGUUUGUUGUAACAAGGCCAAAUGUGUGCAAUCUUUUGCUGCCAUUUAAACUUUUGCAAACUUGAAAAUGUACAUUGGUUGAUUAGAAAAACAGUACAUCGUCUAUACUUUUUUCCAACUAUUUCCUCACAAGGUUUCACUUGGAUUGAGGAAGGUACGUUUUCAAUACGUGAUUCAUCACUGCACAAACAAAGGAACAUUUGUGUACGCUUCCCUUAUCUGAGUAAAUAAGGCAUUGUCUAGAAGAAUUUCACAAAAUCAUUAAGUAGACUGGUACAGCAGAUUUUAGAAUCAUAAAUCAAAAAACUAAAAAAAAAACCUAUACCAACAAAAUAUUGAAAGCUUCACUUUAUUGCAAUUGAAGUGUACCUUCACACCGAGUCUACAUUAAUGACUUACAAGAAGAGCCUACAAGAAGUGACUUACAAAGAAAGCUAAUUCCGCUCCUUACUAAAAAACUACACUCCCUCACAUUAGAGAUUCUCAAUGUUGUUGUUUUUUUGUUGUUUUUUUUUUAAAGAUGUAUAGCAUGUCAGAAAAUUGAAGGUAAAUAUUGUAUGUGUAUCUCACCACAACAGCAAAGGUCAAGUUUUUAUACAUUCAAUGUUUGUGCUGUUUUAAAAAUGGAAAGUUUCCAGAAUGUUCUGUGGACCCUGUGCGUAACCUCAGGGACCUUUAAUCAAGUAUAGGUUAAACAAGGAAAAUCUUGAAGCAAAAAACUGAAAUCUACCAUCUAAAAUGUUAUUGGUAUGAGACAAAAAAACACCACGUGAAAGUUUAUCAGAAUCACCCAAGAAAGUUGGUAUGUCAUGGGAAAAAAAAGCCACCAGUCGUGACAUUUAUUUAGUCUUCCCCCACCGAGAAUAUAAUUUACAAAUUAGAUAUAUAUGUAGUGUGUACCUGAGAAAAUGUAGUUUAGUUUUGUCUCCAGUAUUUCAUUACACUGGAGGUAUGGUAACAUGAAUUCACUGUGCGCACACACUAUACUUUUUUUUUUUAUGUAAAUAAAUGUUUUAAGCUUCUGGCAUUAAUGCUUUUGACACUGUAAAUAUUCAAAAUGUUAUUCAAUUGUCAUUCCUGUAUAUUUGGGUAAAUAUACCUUACUAUUUCACAAUGACCCAUUUAUUUAACAUAAUUAUAAUUAUGUUCUGCAUAUUGGAGUAAUGUUACAUUUGGCUCUUUCAGCUUCGAAGAUUGUUUUUUUGUAGCUAUUAGCAUUAUAUUCUGCCAUCAAUGUUUGUACAUUGCAUUAUUUAAAAUAAUGACGCGUUAAAUUGUCCUUUUGUGACUAUUUGCUGGGCUGGCUUUUCAAGAUGUUAGAUGUCAUUUUCAUACAGUGAUGCAUGUUGACAGUUUUCAUUUGUUUCAAUGUACUGGCUUUGGUUUAAGGAUUUAAAUAAACUGUUAAAGUUAA